UUGUCACGAGCAAGAACAUCUAGAGCAACAGAGCAUUUACGAAAGGUGCAUCGAAUCUCGUCGAAGAAAACGGCGGCUGCAGUUGAAGGGAAACGAAAGCGAGAUGAGACGGUUGAACGGCUGCUCUCGUCGAAUUUGUGUCGAACAAACCCUCAACGCCUUCAUUUGAUGCUGGAAACCCUUCGCCUCGUGAACAAUAACUUGCCUUUCUGUAGCGGCGAGUACGAAGAAUCCCGAGUAAUUCGGCAGGUGGUGGUGAGAGAAGAGAUUCAGACUACGAUAAAUGCAGAGGGAAUUGCGAAGGCAAUUGUCGAGCUCUACAGCUCGACCAAAGCCGAGUUAAUUGACUUCUUAGAACGUAAUCGCUCCGAUUGCGCGAAUUUUGUGAUCAUGACAGACUUU